CUGACUCUCAGCCGGACCCCGCCUUCUCGCUGACAAGGCCUCGUUCCCGAGAUCAGGCCUGACCUGCUCAUGCCCUGAUAGAGUCCGGGAGAAGUGGGGGCAGGGGCCAGGCCCGACACUGGCGCUCGCUGGGGUGCGCUGCCCCCUCUUACUUCGCUCCUGCGGUGUGCGCUGCCCGCUGCUGACGUUUUCCCCGGCGGGGUGGCGGGUGCCUGGCCGGGCCCGUGGUCAGAAGGGGGCUUGCUUCCUCUUCCUCGCCCUCCCAGUCUCGUGCCUGCGGGCCCCUGGGGCCUGGGUGCGGCACAGGGACAGAGCCAAUGGAAAAUGCAGCGGGACGUUGGGAUCUGCUUGGAUCUGCGAAUAUCCCGAUAGUCUCGACUUCGGUAACAAACAAUUAGGAACGCAAGAGUUGUAAGAAGUUGGAUGUAGAAGUUCUUCCUUAAUCAGCAGCUUCCUAUGACACAUCUGUGGUUUCCUGGUUCUACCUCAUAUCCUAUAAUCAUGGACUUGUUAAUGUGACCUUCCAAGCCCCUAACAAAUCAACUGGCCAGUCAUCUCAUUUCUCUUGGAGAUAGAUUAGUUCCUCUGGAUAUGCUGCUGUACGUUACUUCGGGAUUGCUGGUGCACUUCGUGUUCUUCGCCUCCAUCUUCAUCAUGUGUUUCACCUCUCCUUUGGUUCAUGGAAUGAUUCCUCAGUUUACGCCCCUGCCUCCCCUAGCAAAAUGAUUAGUGCUGUUUGUCGCUGAUGGCCUGCGAGCACAUAAACUUUAUGAAUUAGAUGAAGAUGGAAAUUCUAGGGCACCGUUUGUUAGGCAAAGAUGAGCUUCUCUGACAGCGCCUGUUUCUCCUUGCGGUGUUCUGUGGCGGGCCAAGGGCUCCCCGGUGAUGUGCCAUGUGUUGUCUGCCAUUCUAGCUGCUUCUGAAGCCUUUUUUGGCUGGAAGGAAAAUCCUGUAGAAUUUGAUUCUCUUCUUAAUGAAACCAGGUACACACAGUCCUGGGGAAGCCCAGACAUCCUGACUAUGUUUGCCAAAGUUGUACUUAAAAUGUUGGAUUAUACAGUUUAAAUACCUUGGAUUCAGUGAAAUGGUAUAUGAUUCUAACAUCUGACAGCUUUUUAAUCUUGGGCUCCCAUGGAGCUGGUCAUCCUUUAGAGACUUGUACUCCUUUUAUCACUUGGGGAGCUGGAAUCAAGUUUCCCCAAAAAGUGUCAGCUCAGAAAUUUGAUGACUCAUAUUUGCAAGAAUGGAAGUUGGAGAACUGGAAGAGACAAGAUAUUAAUCAGGCUGAAUUUGCACCGUUGAUGGCAGCUCUUAUUGGAGUUCCCUUCCCUCUUAAUUCAGUGGGAAUCAUUCCUGUGGACAUGCUUAAUACCUCUGAUCUCUUCAAAGCAGGGAGCAUGUUUACAAAUGCAGUACAGAUUCUUGAACAGUUCAAGGUAAAAAUGACUCAGAAAAAAGAAGCUACUUUAUCGUUUUUGUUUACACCAUUUAAGAGGUUCAAGCGCGUGUUGCCUGUCUUCUUCUCCUCAGCCCAGGAGCUGACUGUGACCUUGCCCUGCUCUGAAGCUUAGCACCUGCCUGGGAGCCGCUGCUAGCUUUGUGUCAGCUGAGGGCCUGACAGAAGGGCUGAUUCUCAUCCAUUGGCUCACCCGUCCUGCCUGCAAAUUUGUCUGGCUGAAAAGCACCAUUUGUCGAAAGCCUGCAGCAUGACCAAAAAAGCCCCAAGAUAAAAUAAAAAAUUAACUUAGGAGGAAAUAGAUAGUUGAAGGAAUAGCAAAGGACUAAAAAUAUUAAAAUCUUGAAAUCCUCAGAAGUAUCUGAGAAGCUGUUUUAUCUAUAAAACAAAAAGUGGCACAAACUUUACAAAAGGAGGAGUACAGGGUGCAUUGUUUAAAAAUGGGAAAUGUGUCUAAAACCUCAUGGAAUGAUAAAUUGUACAGGGAUGAGCCGAAGGGGAGGCCAGUCCUCCAAAUUAGAAGAGCAAGUAGACCUCAAAUGAAGUGAAAUGAGUUUUCAGUAAUAUAUGGAUUGAUGAGGAGCUAAGGAAACCCUGGAAGGCCUCAUUUCUUCACCCCUCUUACGGUGGAAACUUUAGGAAAAGGAAAUGUUUCAAACUGUACAAGAAAGCACGCUUGCAAUGUGCAGCAACGAAAGACGUGUCGCGAUUUGGAACAAUUGAGGGAGACGGCUUGAUCAGAGCAGACACAGGGAGGGGUUCAUUUCUGUACUGGCAAGCUGAGAGUUGAGAACGGUGGGGCGGGAAUUUACUGGUUGUCAUUAUGCCCCUCUGUACUGUUUAUUAUUAUUAAAAAUUAUAUCUAUCUA